GGCGGAAGCGCGGGGACCCGGAUGUGAGCAGCGCGGGGAGCCCCAUGGCGGGAGCGGGGCCGGUCUCCCCUCGCCAUGGAUGAUCUCCACCUGCACUACAGGUUCCUCAACUGGCGCCGGCGCAUCCGCGAGAUCCGCGAGGUCCGCGCCGGCCGCUUCCAGGAGCGCUCCAAGCACAUCCUGGUGGAUGGGGACACGCUCAGCUACCACGGGAGCUCCGGGGAGGUCGGCUGCUACGUGGCCCCGCGGCCCCUCACCAGGGACAACAACUACUUUGAGGUGUCCAUCGUGGACAGUGGUGUGAGGGGCACCAUCGCCGUGGGGCUGGUGCCGCAGUUCUACAGCCUGGACCAUCAGCCCGGCUGGCUGCCCGGCUCCGUGGCCUACCACGGCGACGAUGGCAAGCUGUACAGCGGCCGGGCCAAGGGCCGCCAGUUCGGCUCCAAGUGCAGCUCCGGGGACCGCGUUGGCUGCGGCAUCGAGCGCGUGUCGCUGGAGGUGCGCACGGCGCACGUGUUCUUCACCCGCAACGGCAAGAGGGUGGGCUCCACGGAGGUGCCGCUGUGCGCGGAGGGGCUGUUCCCGGCCGUGGGGAUGCACUCGCUGGGGGAGGAGGUGCGGCUGCACCUGCGGGCGGCGCUGCGGCCCGAGCCCGAUGACUGCAUGCUGGUGGACAGCGUGGAGGAGGAGUGGGGCCGCCUGCACGACGUGCGCGCCUGCGGCACGGUGCUGGAGUACGUGGGGCAGGGCAAGAGCAUCGUGGACGUGGGGCUGGCGCAGGCGCGGCGCCCGCUCAGCACCCGCAGCCACUACUUCGAGCUGGAGAUCGUGGACCCGGGCGAGAAGUGCUACAUCGCGCUGGGGCUGGCGCGCAAGGACUACCCCAAGAACCGCCAUCCCGGCUGGAGCCGGGGCUCAGUAGCCUAUCAUGCAGAUGACGGGAAGCUGUUCCAUGGCAGCGGUGUUGGGGACCCCUUUGGCCCCCGCUGCUACAAGGGCGACAUCAUGGGCUGCGGCAUCAUGUUCCCCCGGGACUACAGCCUGGACAGCGAAGGUGACAGCGACGAGGCGAGCGAGGGGGGGCAGGUGGGGGGGCGCGCGGUGCGGAACGGGAUGUACCUGCCCCCCGAGGAUGAGGACGAGGAGGAGGAGGGGGGGGAGCCCGAGCCCCCCCGCCCCGGCAGGAACGUCGUGGUGUUCUUCACCCGCAAUGGGCAGAUCAUUGGCAAGAAGGAGGCGCUGGUGCCCCCCGGGGGCUACUUCCCGACGGUGGGAAUGCUGAGCACGGGGGAGAAGGUGAAGGUGGACCUGCACCCCCUCAGCGGGUAGGGGGGGCCCCCCAUACCCCCCAUUUCCUUCCCCCCCCCAUGCACUUUAAUGCCAUUCCCCCCACAGCGGGAUGUGCCCCCCCCCACUGUGUUAUUCCCCCCCAAUCUGUGUUAUUCACCGCCUUAUCCAUGGGGGAGAGGGCAGAUUUAAGGGGACCCCCCCUCAAUUCAUGCUGUUACAUCCCCCCCCCCCCCUUUCUGAAUGUAACCCCCUCCCAUUUUGGGAUUCCCCCCACCCCCCCCCAGUGUUAAAGGAGGAGCUGGGUUUGGGGGUUCACAUUGGUGUUUGCACAUGGGGGGGGUCGGGGGGGGGGUCUGUGUCCCCCCCAGCCCUGCACCCCCCCCAAUAUCUAUAUUAUGUCUCAGCCCCCCCCCCCAAGCACUCAGAUAAACCCAUUGUUAGACAAAUA